AUGACUGAUCUCGCCUCGGCCCAGAACCUGCCGCCAUCCCCAUCGCCAGCUCCCCUUCUUAAAUUGGAUGGUAUCAAAGGGACCAGUGUCGCAGACGUGCGUCCAGUGAGAGCGGAUGGCGUGGAGGAGAAUCGCGCCUGGUUGCCGCAAGUCAUCAUCGACUGGUUCAUGAACAUCUUCAAGCCGGCGAGGCUGAAACUCCUUGAGGAACAAACUGCAAGCCGUCACACUGUCGGCGAGAUCAUCCAGGCCUCGGAAAUAACGCAAAAGCUCGUAGACCUCAAGGCCAUAAAAAAUCACCCUUUCACCACAGUCAAUAUCCCUCUCGACCCGAAAAUGCUCAAAUUGCAUCAGAAGAAAGCCGUCGAACUGUUCAAGAGUCACGAGUUCACGGCGCUCUACGGUCGUCUCGGCAAAGUUCAAGGUGUAGACAAGAACGAAAAAAUGCACCACAUCCUCGUGCAUCAUCUGGGACCGGAGCAAACUGCGUUUUGGCUGCACUUGGCCAAAGAAUCCGGGAACACGAAAGUAGCGAAAGUGGCGGAAGCGGUGGGGGAUGCCCAGUUCAGUCUAUGGGAGGCCACUGGAUGUACACACAAACAAUGUGCGGUGCGGUAUCUGAAAACGGAUCCAAAGGUUGUCAAGGGACUACUAAAAGAACCCGGGCUCAUGGUGAGGUCGAUCGUGAUAGACUUUCAUGAAUAUAUUGGGCGCACAACGCUGAAUUUGGUGGUAGCUCCUGUCAAGACGCACUCGCAUCACCACGGCCACGGCCACGGCCACCACGGCCACGGCCACCGCGGCCACGCUCACCGCUAG